AUGGCUAAAGUCGCUAUCAUUAUCUACUCCUUAUACCAACACAUCGCCAUCUUGGCCGAAGAGGCCAAGAAGGGUAUUGAAGCCGCUGGCGGUCAAGCCGACAUCUACCAGGUUGCUGAGACCUUAUCCCAAGAGGUCUUGACCAAGAUGCACGCUCCAGCCAAGAGAGACUACCCAAUUGCUACUGCUCAAACCUUGACCGAGUACAACGCCUUCUUGUUCGGUAUCCCCACCAGAUUCGGUAACUUCCCAGCCCAAUGGAAGGCCUUCUGGGACACCACUGGUGGCUUGUGGGCCAGCGGUGGCUUGCACGGUAAGAUUGCUGGUGUCUUCGUUGCCACUGGUACCCAAGGUGGUGGUCAGGAAGAAACCGUCAUCAACUCGCUCUCUGUUUUGGCUCACCACGGUAUCGUUUUCGCCCCAUUGGGUUACGCCAAGACCUUCCCCCAGCUCUCCAACGUCGAGGAGAUCCACGGUGGUUCCUCCUGGGGUGCUGGUACCAUUGCUGGUCCUAAGGGUGAAAGAACUCCAUCCAAGUUGGAGUUGGAGCUUGUGCACAUCCAGGGUAAGGAAUUCCACGGCUACGCUGAGAAGUUUGCUUAA